AAAUGAAAAAUACGUUGCCUUCUUUCAAGUUUGAAUCCUCCACCAUUCACUCACCAUUCUCCAUCCCCGUAUCUCUCUCUGUGAAUGGCGCUCUCUUCCAGAUUUUGGCGCCUAAAUCUCUUCCCAAAACCUUCACUUUCCCCCUUACAAACCACUCUCAAAUCCCUAAAACCCCUCCGACAAAAACUUUGUCCAAUCCUUUCACUUCCCAUUUCUUCUUCUUCUUCUUCAUUGAACUCCUCCAAUUCCCUUUUCUCGACAUCGAAAAAUUCUGCCUUUUCGGAACCUCACAGUCGAACUCCAUCUCCCCAAGAUGAUCUUAUUGUUCUGGGAAUCGAAACCAGCUGCGACGACACCGCUGCCGCCAUCGUGAGAGGCAAUGGUGAAAUCCUCAGCCAAGUUGUGUCUUCUCAGGCAGAUUUGCUUGCUCAAUAUGGAGGUGUUGCUCCAAAAAUGGCAGAGGAAGCACAUUUGCAAGUGAUUGAUAAGGUUGUGCAAGAAGCACUUGACAAAGCUAAGUUAACUGAGACGAAUUUAUCUGCAGUGGCGGUUACUAUUGGUCCUGGUUUAGGCCUUUGUCUUCGUGGGCAUAGGUUCGAGGAAAGUAGUAAAUUUGGUGUGCGGAAAGCUCGUGAAAUUGCUGGUAGCUGUAACUUACCAAUCAUUGGUGUACAUCACAUGGAGGCUCAUGCUCUUGUAGCCAGGUUAACGGAAAGAGAGUUGCAAUUUCCUUUCGUGGCCUUGCUUAUUUCAGGAGGACACAAUCUACUCAUCCUUGCUCGUGAUCUUGGUCAGUAUGUACAACUUGGCACCACAAUAGACGAUGCAGUUGGCGAGGCAUAUGACAAGACUGCAAAAUGGCUUGGCCUUGACUUGAGGAGAAGUGGCGGGCCAGCUAUUGAAGAGCUUGCUCGUGAGGGUGAUGCCAAAUCAGUCAAAUUCUCAACCCCAAUGAAACAACACAAAGAUUGCAACUUCUCGUACGCUGGUCUGAAGACUCAAGUGAGAUUGGCAAUUGAAUCUAAAAAUAUUGAUUUAUGGUCUGCUAUCUUAGCUAUUAACUUUUACCCACCCAACUUUCCUAUGUUAUGCAGUAAUACUACAAUUCCUCUUUCCUCAGCAAGUAGCGAAGAUAGAAGGAUUCGAGCUGAUAUUGCUGCUUCUUUUCAGCGAGUCGCAGUGUUACAUCUAGAGGAAAGGUGUGAGCGAGCAAUUGAAUGGGCCCUGAAAAUUGAACCUUCUGUAAAACAUUUGGUUGUCUCUGGAGGCGUUGCAUCAAAUCAAUAUGUUCGGUCUCGCCUUGAUCAGGUUGUCAAGAAAAAUAGCUUACAACUAGUCUGUCCUCCUCCCUGCCUUUGUACUGACAACGGUGUAAUGGUGGCUUGGACUGGCAUUGAGAACUUUUGUAUGGGAAGAUUUGAUCCACCACCACCUGCAGAUGAACCUGAAGAUAUUGUGGUUUUACGAAUUGCGGCCAAGGUGGCCAUUGGGGGAGGAAUAUGCUGAGGGAAGAAGUGAAGCUCGCUCAAUGAGAACGGCCCGCAUGCAUCCUUCUCUGACGUCUAUGAUCCAAGAAUCUUUGCAACAGCAACCGUAGUCUUCAUGUCAUGAAUCUGCAGCCACUUCAUGGUGCUCAACAGUUCGACCCAUCCUACAACUCAAAUUUAUGUUUAGAUGAUGGUAUGGUUGACUCGAACUGAACCACCUAUCUAACAGUGAACGGAAGAUUGAUCUCAAGUGUGGCUCUAGCUAAACGACUGGCCAUUGACAUCAAGAAAAUGUCCUGUAAUGUUCGUGAUACCCCUUAAAUAUGGUUCCAAAAUCCUUGCAGGAGAGGAGCUUCUUACAUUGCCCAUGUAAUAUAACAUUGGUUGUGUUAAAACUACUGAGCUGGGUCCGCCAUUUUGCAAGUGAGAUUUUUCUCUGAAGAGUUGUGCCGUACCUGUAUAGUUUGUGACUCCGUGGAAGCAGAAUACGAUUAUUUUGUUUUGUUCAUUCACUUGAAUAAUAUUUGAUAUCAGAAUCACUUUGGCCAA